AUGGCAAGCCGCAUGCCGAGCUGGCGGCGAACAGGAGCCCGGGCUCGCGAGUCCCACUUUGAUGGGCUCAAGAAGGGUGCCUGGGUGGAGUUUCCUGGAUAUGACAACAGGGGCCGACAGCAAGGGCACCUGUUGGCCUACUUGGUGGAGGCCGGUGACGACCGACAGAUGAGGACCGGACGGCUUUUUGAGUGCCACGUGGUGGCAGUCCAGGACGGCUACUACGACUACUGGGUGGAGCAAACCUAUGGGGCCUAUACCCUCGACCGAGUCAUCCCCUUGCACUUCUGUGGAAGCCCGCAGUCUAGCUGCGGAGAAAGCACUAUGUAUCGGCACCCGAUCCACGUCGACGUCUUCCGGUUGCUGGGGAUGGACCAGGUGCUUCAGGUUGGGUGGCUCACUGAAGAAGACAAGGCAAGAGCCGGAGCACACCCGGGGCUUGUGGGUGAGGCACCGGGUUUGGGUGGUCCUCCGCCUGAUCCCACUGCUGAUCCCACGGCCUUGGGAGUGCAGACCGGGCUGCCAGGUGUGGCUGGUCUGGCAGAGGCCUUGGGAGCAUCUGGGCAGCCGGGGGCGACUGAGGCGGCCGAGCAGAAGAAGAAGGAAAAGGAGAAGAAGGAGAAGGGCGACACGAAGGACGAGCUGCUGGCCGAGAUCGCAAAACGAAGCCCAGCGGGGCGCCGGGAGCGGUCAGCUUUGGAGCUGACCCGAGGAAGCAGCUCGAAGGAGAAGAAGAGAAAGAGGAAGAGUUCCUCCAGUGACGACGACGAGUCGAGCGACUCGUCUUUUCAGUUGGCCGCCCUUCCGAAAGGCGUGGAGAAGAUCCGGGAGAUGCACCGUCGGCAUCCCGGGCGUCUGGCGUCGCUGACCCUUCAGCGGUGCUCGGAGCUCCUCGCUCAGGCCCACGGAGGGGUGAUGGCCAGCAGCGAAAGGGCCAAGCUGCCGGCAGUGGCGCGAGGGUACUUCCAGCUGAUCUACCUGACGGCGCACCCGGCGGUCGAGAUAGGGGCUCGGAACUUCAAGGAGUUGUCGACGAUCGUGGCGGUGAUCGACGCGGUCGCCGAGAACGACCCCCUGAGGGCACUCGACAUCCUGGUUCAGAGGCUCAAGGCCAUCGAGCUGGCCCACCUGCAGGGCAACUGGACGCAGGCCGAGCAGCUGGAGUUGGUCAAGACGGGGCAAUGGUCGGCGAUGUUCCAGCAGGAGCUGAAGGCAGCCCAGCAGGAGGUUCGGACCGACUGGUCCCUCAGGCAAGGGCCUAGGAGGACGCCCCGAUGGGAGGGGCGAACGUGGACCGAGACGGCGGCCGACGACGGCGGUCCAGGAGCAGACGGGAAGGCGACCGACGGGAACAACGACAAGGCCCCGGACAACCGACCGAAAGGCCGCGGCGCAAAAGGAAAGGGCAAGGGCAAGAAGGGCAAGGCGACGGCUGGCCCUCGGGUCCGGCUGGAGCCGCUUGAGAUCCCUAUCCUGAAGCGGGUGCUGGACUCCAUGCCGGAGGAGAUCGGGGAGCAGCGGUCGCAGAUCGAGGGGCACCUGGCGAACUCAAAGGUGGCAGCGCUCUACAAGGAGGUCAUGUCGCGCGUGGUGACCCCAAAGACAGAGGAGGAGGCUGCCUACCAAUUCGCAGGCACUGUUAUAGAUAACAUUGACCUCCCGUCGGAGACCCUCUUGGAGAUCCUUGCGCAGAAGUUUGGGGUGUUGGUCGAGCACGAUGGUCCCCAGGUCUCCAAGGCUUUUGCAGAGCUGUUUGGCUUAGGUGUGCCGGUCACUUUCUGUCGGCUGCUGGGCCGGCACAAUGGGGUGGAGAUCCGUGAGUACUACCCAGGAUGGCGCGGAUCCGAUGGAGGCAUCUAUGUUGGCCGUGGUGGCGGCGGCCUGCCAUGCUCCGUGUUCCAGGAGCCCUACUACGAGCAGCUGGUGGUGGGGCAGGUCAAGGAGGCCUUGGACGGAAGGGCUCUCUAUGUGCACAAGGGUGAGGAGGAUACAGCCUAUGCGGCAAUCAGCACCUACGUCCUUGGCCGAGAAGCGCAGCCUGUGUGGAACGAGGCCGUCUGGAAGAAGUGGCUGGGCUUUUGGCUGCUGGGACGGCCUACGGCCGGGGGGCCUUUGGGCACAUUCGUUCGAGUGUUGCCCUGCUGCGCUAAAGAGCACUUCAAGCAGUCGCCGGUGGAACUUCUUCCGAUGGCGCUCCCCAAAGAGAGCCCUGAGAUGAUUCGGGUGAUGAAGGUGAUGCUGGAAGCCUGGGGCGCACAUGACCUCCCAUCGGUGGCGCUGCUCAAUCACUUGUGGGCUGGUUCCAACCACAUUUUGGGCCAAGGGCUCCUGCACCCAGCGGCUUGGACCGCUGCCCAGAAGGCUACUGGAGAGCGGCUGCGGGGCUAUGCGGAGCUCUUUGUCGAGGGCAAGGAUGGCAUCGAGAUUGGUUCGUGGGAGAGCCUGCGGCAGUCUCUGGGAGAUAUGUAUGCUGGGCGUGAGGUGCAGAAGGCCUACAAGCUCUCUUGGGCGGCCAUCGCGCCGCAUGUGCCGGAACCGGGGGAUGCUGGAAGGAUCUCCCUGGCAGAGACGGUGGACCCGUCCUUGCGGCCCUUUGUGGAGGACCCUGAGCUCCUUAGGAUACCGGACCAGGAGCUGGGCGAGGCAGUGACGACAGCCUCUGUUCUGGUUGAGAGCCGCGAGGAGUAUGACCUCAUCGUGUCGCACCUGGUGGAGGCUGGGAUGCUCGAGCGAGAGGUCCCAGAAGAGACCUUGCACAUCAGGGGUGAGCCCGUCUACAAUGGCAUGUUCGGCGUGCACAAAGGAUGGCAGGAGCAGCCAGACGGAACAUGGCUGAGGACCCUCCGGCUGAUCAUCAACUUGAUCCCGAGCAAUCAAGUGCAGGCCCGGGUGCCUGGACAGCCCUCGGCUCACAUGGGCUACUCCCCAAUUUGGGGGCAAAUUGCCCUGCUGGAAGACGAAGUGAUACUCUGUUAUGCCGAAGAUGUACGCCACUGUUUUCACAUUUUCGCGCCCUCUCCAAAGUGGCGGGGGUACUUCGUGAUUGGAAAGGUGGCGGCCAGCAGCUGCUUCAACGACGGCAGGGGAAGCCUGAACAGCCGGCCCCGUGUGAAGAGUGCCCCUAUGGGGUGGUCGAACAUCGUGGACUUCAUCCAAAGCUCGCUGGAGAGGUUUGGGACUUUGGCCGGGGUGCCGGCUGAGCGUGUGGUGCGAAUGGGGGAGCCUGCACCUCUGAUGCCCCUCAGCACGCCUCGGGACUACCACAGCUUCUAUGUGGACAACUAUGAUGGCUUCAAGGUGGUGGCUGCUUGCGACGCCGGAAUCUAUGAGGGCCGGCCGUCGGAUGCUCAGCUUCAGCUACGCGAGGUUUUCAAGGUUUGGAACGUGGGCCGUGACCCCAAGAAGGCGGCCGAAGGAACGCUUGCCUGGAGCUCUUUGGGAGCCGAACAGCUGGGUGACCGCGGGCUUGUCGGAUCGGCACGGAAACUCCGUUGGGCGGUCCUUGGGCCCACCCUUCGGAUACUCUGUGUUGAGCCAGGCGAGCCCCGUGGAUCGCAGGAGUUGCUCUCUGUGGUCGGCAAGGCUAUGCACUCAGUGCAGUUCUGCCGGCCCUUGGCCUGCCUCUUCGACCAGCUCUACCGCGAGAUGAGUGAAGGGCCGGGGCGCAUGCGAGUCAGCAUUGGGGCGGAGGACGAGCUCCUGAUGAUCAUCAGCUCCCUGCCCAUGCACUGGAUGGACCAACGGGCCCGUGGCCGGGCCAAGUGCCAUUUGCUGGGGUCCGGGGAUGACCUUGGUGGCUCCUGCGACCCGGUGCUCAUCAUUGAGGUCUUCGGCGGCAUGGGUGGCCUGAGGCAGGCAUGUCAGCUGCUGGGACUGCAGCCACAGGGGCUUAUCUACAUCGACACCAGCGAGCUUGGGACCAAGCUGGUGCGACGGCAAUGUGGAUAUGUCCUGACCUACGGGGACAUCAAGAAGAUCACCUUUGAGGAUGUGAAGGGCUGGCGGCGGAGCUUCCCGAAGGUUGCCAAGGUGAUCUUUGGAGGAGGUUGGCCGGGCUGCGGCUCCGGCCUUGCGGCUCCCUCUUCCUCAGGUGGGCCCGCUGAAAUGGAUGGGCACCUGGACAUGAUGAUUCAGCUCCGCAAUUGGCUGGGUCAGGCGAGCAAGGCGGUCAAGCUGGGCCCCUGGGAGAUCGUCGAGAUCUAUGAGAAUGUGGUGAUGAAGGAGGAGGCCCUGGACCGGAUGUGCUCCAAGCUGGACGCCGGGGUCUUCUUUGUGGAAGGAGCUCAGCUGAUGCGAUGCCGACGACCGCGGAUGUGGUGGCUGCGUGGCUUGAAUCUGGUCACAGCUGGGGACAUGAAACUGAAGCCCGGGAAGCCGACCUCCAUGGUUUUCGACACAGAGCGGCCGCCUCUCAGCACCUUCCUUCGACCCGGGUGCCACAAGCUGGACAAGGAGAAUGAUGCUUUCUUCUCCUUUGGAAGGCCCGAGCCAAAGCAGGUGGCACCAAGGGAGGCGGCGAUCGAUGACUUGGAUUCCAGGACCUUGGGAAGGUGGAAAGGCGACAGCUGGCGACUUCCCCCGCACCACUACGUGGAGGCCAACAUGGUGAGAGGAAGCUCGGGAGUUCGGCGGCUUCAGUCGGAUGAGCAGCUGAGGAUGCUUGGGUUCUUCAGUGACCACCUCACCUUCAAGCAAAAGGUGACGGAGGACCAGAAGCAGCAGAUGAUCAGCAGCUCCUGGCCAGUGGUGGUUGCGGCGCGGCUCUUGGUGAACCUCGUCCUGCCGUUGUCCGAAGCUGGAAGCCGUGACCUCAGCGCGGAGCUGUGGAAGGUUUGGGAGGCCGGCGAAGCACGGUCCCAACAGCUGUUGCAAGCCUCCUGGAGUGCGAAGUUUGGGCCAGGGUCGAGCGGGCGGGUCAAUGUGGAGCACUUCCGAUCUUUGGGUGUGUCCCACGCCGACCUGCCUGUUCGAUUGGCUCUGGACCCCGACCACCGGCUUAGCGACGAGCAGUUUUUGGCGAUGCUGGUGGGGAGGAAUGUGUCACACAAGGGCACGGAUGUCAGGUUGGACAUGGGGCUGCCGUUCGUGGCUUCGGACUUCGGGCGACGGUCGGUGGAUCCAACGCUUUGGCAGUGGAAAGUUCUGCUGAGCUACAAAUGGAAGCAACAAGGUCAUAUCACACUGUUGGAGUCGGUGGCGGUGCUGGACUUGAUGAAGAAGCUUACGCGCACUGCAGAUGUUACCAACAGAAAGUUGAUCCUGAUGGUUGACAACCAAGGAGUGGUGGGUAUCCUGGCAAAGGGGCGAAGCUCGGCCAGGAUGAUGCAGAACCCGCUCAGACGGAUCACGGCGCUCCAGCUGGCCUCCAACGUGCGCUUGCUUGCGACGGUCCCAGUCGCUGGGUCAAAAAGAAAGCCAGCGGUGAUGCCUAAACGUAGAGCAGUUCUCGGAAAGCGCACAAAGGAGGAAAGAAAAGAGGAGCGGAAAGCGUUGGGAGCCUUGCAGUCGCAGGUUGUUGCUCCUAAAACUGAAAGUAGAUACCUUGUUGUUGUUUCACGUUUUCUCACCUUCCUGAUUUUUCACCAUAAGCCUUAUCCUUCAAAUUUUCUCAUUCUUGAUCGCGAAGUUUCAUCCUUUAUUGAAGAGCUGUGGCAGGAUGGGGACCCCAAGGCAUAUGCCAGUGAUACGCUCAGUGGGCUUGGUCAUUUCAUCCCUUCGGUCAAACCCCAUCUCAUUGCCAGUUGGCGUCUUCAUGCGGCAUGGGGUCGUUCUGAACUACCUGCUCGGGCACCUCCCUUUACAGUGGCUUUGAUUUAUGCUCUCGCCCAGAUGGCUUUUGAGGCCGGUUGGAAGGACACAGCCGUGCUCUUCUUGUUGGGGUUCCACACUUUUGCACGGUCGGGGGAGCUGUUCGCGGCUAAAGCUGGUGACUUUGUUCUUUCCCGGGGCAAAGGCACUUGGACAUUGCCGAUGAGCAACAGUGGCCAACGGCAAGGGGCCGUGGAAUCACUCACAAUCGAUGACACCUUCGUGGGCACCGCUAUUUCCAACUUUUGCAAGCAUAAGCAACCCGGGGAUCUUCUCUCCCAAGUGUCUCCGGGACUCCAGCGGAAACGUCUUAACGACCUGUUGGAAAAGUUGGCAAUUACGGCCCCCUACCGAUGGUACUCCCUACGUCGCGGUGGUGCCACUCAUGAAUUCCGCCGCUCCAAUAACCUGGCCAGUGUGUGCCUUCGUGGCCGCUGGUCUGCGGUUCGGACCGCCCGCAUCUACCUUUGCGAUGGUCUUGCUCAAUUGUCUGAGCUUCAGUUGCAACCGGGCAAGCUUCGGCAGGUGCAGGCCUUGGCCACCAAAGCCAGAGCUGAUUACCAAAGCAUCUGA